GGGCGCCGCGAACCCGCCCCGCCGGGUCCGCCCCGCUCCGCCCCGCCCGCGGGGAAGGGGCGGCGGCCGCGGACACAAAGGCGGCGAGCGGGGCGGCUCGGCCGGCGGGGCGCGGAUGGUGGGCGGCAGCUUGCGCAGUGGCUGAGUCCCCGGAGGCUGGCAGGUUUCCGCCGGGGCUGCGGGACGUGGCAGGGCGGUGUCCCACACAGGGGGUGCGGGGAACCACGGCGCGCCCGGGGAGGACGCGGUGUCAGCAGCGGCAUCUUCGGCGUCGCGGAAAUGGGCGCUGGGUUUCCCCCUCUCAUCUCGUUGUCCCUCUCCAGAGUAAGCGUGGUGGCUGCAAGAAGGGGUUGGCGCAGGCCUGGCAAAAUACUCCGAGUAACUUAUUAAAACCCCUCUAUGGUAUGAUGUACAUUUAUCUAGAUAUCUUUCUAAGAGCUUUCGUUUUCUUUUGAGCUUUCUGAAAGAGUAAGAUCAGGGAAAAAUUAUGCAAACUAUUACAAAGGGCUACCAAGUGUUCAAAAUAAACAACCAGAAAAAUGAUGUGUUUUCUUUAGCUGCCUCCCAUGAUAGCAAUCUCAGCUCCCAUGAUUAAGACAUGAACUUUACAUGUUAAAUAUGUUUUCCUUCUAGCUGGCUAAGCAGUUACAUGCCUAAGGCUUAAUUCUGCCGUUUUUGUAACAAUGGUCCCAGGAAUAAUUUGUUUGUUUGUUUGUUUGUUUGUUUUUUUUUUUUUUUUUUUUUUUUUUUUUUUUUGUGUGUGUGUGGAUAGGACAUUUUUGAAAUUGCUGCAUUCAGGAUCUUGCUCCUGGAAAAUAACUAGGAUAGUAGCAGACUUGAUUUUAACAAAGGUUUGUUUCUCCACUUUUGUACCCAAUAGACUUUGCUAUUCAUUUUGGUAGGCGUAUCGUCAGAGUCUUAGGAGAGCAGCCGGCAAAAUUAUAAUUAUUCAUUAACUAUGAUCUGCAAAUACAUGUGUAAAAUAAAAGGCAAGACAAAAAUCCCAGUGUUUUCAGAGCAAUUUUACUAUCAAAAUGGGAUUACCAGCAAUGGAAAAGAGUGAUGUUGGUAGUACAGGGUAAUAGCAAUGGCAUAAAAGUUAACAGAGAAAAACUUUGAGUAGAAGCAGAUUGUUUCAGCAUGAAUGCAGAGAUUGCUUAAGGAAGAUGACAGAAUCUCUGCCAUUUAGAUAACUUUAAACUUGAGUUGCCAAAGCACGACUCACAUUCUGAAAUUCUGCACUGAUGCAUCAGGUAAGGGACAUCUUUUUUUUCUCUGCCACGGGAAGUGUGUGAUACAUUGCAGACAUUAUCUGUAAUGUAUUGCAUCAGCACUUAGGGGAUGCAAAACUACCAUUGAUUUUUGAUUCAUUUUAGCUUGCAGUCCUGCAGGAAGAAAUAUCUUCACUGGAAGUUCUGAUGAACAGUGGGUAGAGAAAAAGGUAAUCUUCACAUCCCAAUUCACAGUAGUCAACUAUUGUACUUCAGGUCAUGCAUCCUGUAUUUUGGAGGAGUGCAUUGAAAGGCAGCAGAUUUACCUCCUUUUUUGCCCUCCAGUUUCAGCUAAAAAUUCUUCCUUCACUAAAGCCGCACAUAUGCAGAAGUUGUAGCUGCUGUUGAUGUGAACACUCUUGCCAAUGAUGUUUAUAAGCACAACUUUCCCAGCACGCCGUUAUGGGCAAAGACUAUUGAGGGCAUAACACUGAAAGAAUUUGACAGAUUAUCUUUUGAUAUGAUUUUGAUGAGUCCUCCCUGUCAGCCUUUUACAAGAACUGGCCUGCAAGGUGAUGUGUCCGAUCCACGGACCAAGAGCUUUCUCUAUAUCCUUGAUAUUCUCCCAAGGCUUCAGAAGCUUCCAAAAUACCUACUUUUAGAAAAUGUUAAAGGAUUUGAAUCCUCUUCUGCAAGAAAUGAACUUUUGCAAACACUAGCAACAUGUGGAUUUAAAUAUCAGGAAUUUCUCUUGUCUCCAAUCUGUCUUGGCAUUCCCAAUUCCAGGCUGCGGUAUUUUCUAAUUGCAAAACUUCACCAAGAACCAUUUUCCUUUCAAGCUCCUGGUCAAAUAUUGACAAGAUUCCCAGAUCAGGAUCCAGAAGAUUUACUCAAGGAAAAAGUCGCUGACAAAGUGGGUGAAACCAGUUCUUCUUUGUCCUGUGAGAAGAAUCUGGAUCCAAACAUUGGUCCAGAUUGCAGCAGCAAGAAGAGUUUACCAAAAGGGGCCUUUCUAUUUAAGCUUGAAACAGUAGAAGAAAUGGAAAGGAAACAUAAUCAAGAUAAUGAUUCCUCUAUUCAAAUGCUAAAAGACUUCUUGGAAGAGGAAAAUGAAGAAAUGAGUCAAUAUUUCUUACCACCAAAGUCCUUACUGCGCUAUGCUCUCUUGUUAGACAUUGUUAAACCCACCUGUCGGAGGUCCACGUGCUUUACAAAAGGGUAUGGACACUAUGUAGAAGGGACCGGCUCAGUUCUGCAAACAGCAGUAGAUGUACAGCUUGAAUCAGUGUUUAAACACCUUGACGAAUUACCAGAAGAAGAGAAGCUUAUAAAAUUGUCAACACUAAAACUGAGGUACUUUACUCCAAGAGAAAUAGCAAAUCUUCAUGGGUUCCCUUUGGAAUUUGGUUUUCCUGAGAAGGUAACAGUAAAGCAAUGCUAUCGUCUUCUGGGAAACAGUCUCAACGUACACGUGGUGGCAAAAUUGAUCUCCAUUCUACUUGAAUAAUUUAGAACCUGCAACUGAUGCAUAUGGACUGGUGACAGAAAAUACUUCCAUCUUUUAGGAGAAAGCUGAUGGAACCUGGACAAAUACCCCAGCUUGACAAGAUAUUUGUCCAGACAUUUUGCUGAAAAGUUUUGAUAUAUUUUUAAUAACUUGAAUUCAUGAUGGAUUUAAACUUUAUAGGUGUUUAAUUUAAAUAGCAGUUUACAGGACUUAUUUGCUUUAUUUAAAAGUUCUUUUUAGUUUGCAGAAUGAAAAAUAGCAGCAUAUGCAAAUACUUCAAUGAGAAAGGAUAAGAUUAUUUUAUUUUACUUUAUUUUUUAUCUUAAAACCAUUUCCUCAGUACUGUGUGAAACUGUGUCAAAGCUGUUUCAAUUAGGUUCAGAGACCAAGUUCAAUAUGUCUUCAUCUUUAAAUGUAAGUGGUCCAUUCUGAAAAGAUUUACUGUAUAUAUGAUCUGAAAUUUUGAUGUGAUUUUUGUAGCUCAUGAAACUAAUAAAUUCAGUAUUUUAUAUACAA